CUGUCCACUACCUCAACCUCAGGGAGCUCUCACCACCAUCUUGACAACCUCACCAACGCUCGACCUCCCCCCCUCCCGGGAACUGCAAUCGAAACCCACCGAUCCGAGCCGUUCGUCCCUUUCCUCGUCGUUUUUCGAGACAGAUUGCACACAUACACAACAAUGGCGGCCACGAGAUCAUUGCUGCACUACGUGUGCGGCCUCGUCCUGCUCGCAUGCUGCGCCCAGGCUCUGCGCUUCGACCUGCACGCCACGGGCUCCCACGAAGGCAAGAAGGAGCGAUGCAUCCGUAACUUUGUCGCGAGAGAUACGCUGGUCGUCGUCACGGCGACUGUCGACGGCCACAAGGGUGACGGCAUGGUCGUCAACAUGCACAUCAGAGAUGCUGUUGGCAACGACUACGGAAAGCCCAAGGAUAUUGCGGGCGGCGAGAAGCGCGUUGUCUUCACUUCCCACGCCGACGCUGCCUUUGACGUCUGCUUCGAAAACCUCCUGACUGGAUCCGGCCGCAGUGGCUCCACGAGCCGCCACAUCGAGCUCGACAUCGACAUCGGCGCCGACGCAAAGGACUGGAACGCGAUCCAGGCGACGGAGAAGCUCAAGCCCGUCGAGGCGGAGCUGAGGCGCAUCGACGAGCUCGUCAGCGAGAUCAACACCGAGAUGGACUACCUGCGCGCGCGCGAGCACAAGCUGCGCGACACCAACGAGAGCACAAACACCCGCGUCAAGUGGUUCGGCAUUGGCACCACCAUGAUCCUCGUCGGCCUCUGGGGCUGGCAGAUCAUGUACCUGAGGGCGUACUUCAGGUCCAAGCAUCUCAUCUAA